UCGUAGGCGGACCGAAGGGGGACUCACGAGCAAAGUGACAGCGGAGAAGGUUCACCAGCUAUAACGUCAGGAUCAACUUAAUCACUACAGUUGUCUGAACACAAGAUUUAAGGUUUUCUGGCAGUCAGAGAGAAAAUAAUAUUGCUGAGUGACGGUGUCUGACUUGCGGGUGUCCGGUUUCCUCAGUCUGAGGGAUUGCGAUGCCCUCUGACUUUAUCUCCCUUUUCAGCGGGGACCUCGACCUGAAUUCUCCCAGAUCCUUGUACUCAAAAGAAUCAGCGUAUGACCUUCUUCCCAGAGAGCUACAGUUGCCUUUCUCCACUCAGAAGAGCCCAAAAGUCAUGAGUCAAAAGAGCGGCGGAGAGGCAGUGCCUCCCCCUUCAUCUGCUGUAGCACCAGAUGCCAUGUCCUCCUCUAUGACCAUGGAAGGCCCCCGCAGUGCUUUUUCCACCUCUUCCAGCCCCACCAUGCCUUCCAGCGAUUCAACCAGUGACCAGAACCCAGUUCAGAGCGGCACUGUUGACCCGGAGGACCCCAGGAGUAGCAGAGUGGUUCCAGAGGUUGUCGGAGCAGAAGGUGGCGGUAACUGCAGGGGCAGCAGUGAGCAAGGAGGAGGAAGAGGAGUAACAUUCCAGGAUGCCCAGCAACAUCACCAGAUGACUCCAUCUAAGCGCCGCACCGUACUGAACAUCUCUCCACCUCCACAAGACCUGUUUGAUGACAGCCAGAUGUCCUGCCAAGAUGAAACAUCCCUGGACUCAGAGCAGAGUAACAGCAUCUGGAUGGAAGACUCUCUUUCCAACUUCAGUAUCAUGAGCACUGUCUCUUACAAUGACAACACAGAGGUGCCACGAAAGUCACGCAAACGUACACCUAAGCAGAGGCCUGGUCCAAAGUCUGUGCCUGCAGGGGAAGCCAGCAUGGACGUGUUUGAUGCAGACAGUGCCAAAGGUCCACACUUUGUGCUGUCACAGCUAGGCCUUGACAACAAGACUGGAUCAAAAGGAAGCUCCGAUGAUUCUCAGACAACUAACCAGAAAGUAGGAACGCUUUCCAUGCAAUACCCACAGAAGAGUGAGGGGAAGGAGGUAAAGAUCCUCGUCCAGCCGGAGACGCAGCACCGAGCCCGCUAUCUGACUGAAGGCAGCAGAGGGUCAGUGAAGGACCGCACUCAGCAGGGCUUCCCUACUUUAAAGCUGGAGGGAGUGAAUGAGCCAGUGGUUUUGCAGGUGUUCGUGGGCAACGACACUGGGCGCGUUAAACCUCAUGGUUUCUACCAAGCUUGCAGGGUGACCGGCCGCAACACCACAGCCUGCAAAGAGGUGGACAUUGAUGGCACAACUGUCAUCGAGGUGUCCCUUGAUCCAAGCACCAACAUGACACUAGCGGUGGACUGCGUUGGGAUCUUGAAGCUCCGUAAUGCUGAUGUUGAGGCUCGCAUCGGUGUUGCUGGAUCGAAGAAGAAGAGCACACGUGCUCGGCUGGUGUUCCGGGUCAACAUACCCCGUUCAGAUGGAUCAGUGCUCACACUACAGACUCCCUCAUCCCCAAUCCUGUGUACUCAGCCUGCAGGAGUGCCUGAAAUCCUGAAGAAGUCUCUACACAGUUGUUCAGUGAGGGGUGGAGAAGAGGUCUUUAUCAUCGGCAAAAACUUCCUUAAAGACACCAAAGUCAUAUUUCAGGAGAAUGUCUCCGAUGAGAAAUCGUGGAAGGCGGAGGCUGAAAUUGACAUGGAGCUGUUUCACCAGAAUCACUUGAUAGUGAAGGUUCCUCCAUACCAGAACCAAGCCAUCAGCUCUUCAGUGUGUGUGGUAAUCUAUGUGGUGACUAAUGCUGGGAGAUCCCAUGAUGUUCAGCCUUUCACCUACACUCCAGAUUCAGCAAAAAAUGAUGUUCCUGUGAAGAAAGAGGCGCCUUCUCCAGUGAAGACUUGUUCAUUUGACGAACAAAUUAAAGUUCUAGAUGGUGCCUUGAUGCCUUCGAUGCCUUCGAUGCCUUCGAUGUUGCCUUUAGUGAAGAGAGAAGAUGUCACUCCGAUGGAGGUCACCAGCCACCUCCAAUCUUCAGGUGUAUUUAAGCAGACUGGCGACCUGUGUCAAGCCCAGCAGAACCCAGACAUGACUGCAGGACAUCUAAAUAAAAACAGACCCUUCAACAACAACCUGUCUCAGCCUGCAGGAGACCCUGACAAAGGCCAGACUCCUGUUUUUCCCAACACAGAGCCCUUAAGCACGAUCCAGAAGCAAGACAUUGCUGCCACCAACUCAUUCUCUGUGCCCGCCGACUCUCUGCUCCAGCAGGGAUCACAGCAGUUCCUCCUGGAGCCCAGAGAGGGCCUCGGGCAGGAGAGGCCCGGCAGCGGCUCUGGAUCUGUAGGGAGGCUGUGUGGAGAACCUACUCAGCCUCAACAGCAGCAACUGCCGCUGUUCCCCACAGACGUAGCCCAGCUGGAGGAGGCAGUGAGGCAACUUAAAGCCAAAGGGUUCUGUAACUUACCGCUUCAAUCCGACCCAUCAAUGGCCAAACAGCAGCAACAACACAUCCAGCACCAACAACAGAUCCAAAAACAGCAAAUUCAGCAGCAACAGCAACAGCAACAAAUCCAGCAACAACACAUUCAGCAGCAGCAGCAACAGCAGCAGGUUUUGGAGAAUUUACAACAGCAGCUGUUUCAGUCACAGAUUCAAAUGCAGUGUGGCAUGUUUCAGGAUGCACCUCAGGCCAAGAACGCAGAGCAGCAGGGCCCAUCACAAGGAGUGGUGCCAAACCAGGGGACUCUUUUCCAACAGGCCCAGCAGCAGCAGCAGCAACAAGCAGCUCUCUUUCAGCAGGCGAGUGACCUGCUCUCUAUUCAGACCAACUUCCUCCAGCAGACACCCUCACACCCUUCACCACCCAUGUUCCACAAUCCUAGUUCUUUGGCUGAAACACAAGAUCCACAGGGGGCGUUGUUUCAGAAAGCCUCUCAGGAGCAGGUCCAGGCUGCUCUCUUCCAAAACACCAUGACAGUACUACAGUCUCCAGACCAACAGCCCUCAACCCCGGGACUUUUCCUCCCGCAGACAUCCCUGCCCUCUCAGCUCACAACCAGUAGUGCUCAACAGCAGCAGCAACAGCAGCAGCAGCAGCUGGCCUUUCUCAGUGCUCUACAAACACCUGCCCCUGAACCACAAUCUGUAUUUCAGGCUCAGACCCAGCUUCCCCCGAUUCAACAGAGAAGCCCCAUGGAGCAGCAGCAGCCCUCCCAGCCUCAGCCCCACACACAGCCAGCCCAGCAGGCUUCCCUGUUUCAGAACAUCUCCCCAAACACACUCUCUCCAGGCCAGCAGCAGCAACAGCAAGCUGGCCUACUGUUCUGCAACAACCCCCUGUCCACUCCAGAUCAGGCCUCCAGCCUCCUGUUCAGCAGCCAGGGCCAGAUGCCACCACUGACCAGCAGCAGUCUAGUUUCCCAGGAGCCCCAAAACCCCUCUCUCCUCUUUUCCCAAGCCAGCAUGGUUACAGUAAACCAGCAGGAUCGCUCUGAGCCCAUGGCCUUAGGGAACCCCAACGAUCCACGACAGCAAGUCAUGUUUCAGGAGCAACAGCCGAUGCAGCUGGGCAGCAGCUCAAACACCCGGCGGGAGCAGCCUGUUGGCCUCUUUAUGCCUCAGUCUAACAUGGCCUCUCUGCAGGGGGGUCUGGCCGCACAGGAGCUUGCACAGUCAGCCAUGUUUGCCUCACAGAACGGCGUGGCAAACCUCCAGACAACCACCUCGUCCCCUGUUCAACAGCCAGGGACUCUGUUUCAGACUGCUGUCAGCGGGAGCAUCAAUCAGCCCAGCCAGCCUCAACAGCCUGGCCUCUUUCUUUUUGGGAUUCAGAACGAAUGUGGCCAGCUGAUGAACACUCCUGGAAACACGCUGUCGGAUCAGAUUAUAGCCAUUAGCCAGUCCGGUCAGAACCAAAGAGAGAGUGACGCACACAUCCAGUCGCUGCUCAGCCAGUCCCUGUCUCAGUCUGGGCCUGUACCGAACAGCAUGAAUGUCUCUCAGAGCAUGGAGAAGAUUGAUGACCUGCUGGUCAGCCUGCAGGAGUCGGGCAGCAACUUAACUCGUUCGUACUAACCUACGUACAGGAUUUGUCUUUUAUUUUUGAUAUGUGGAAUAAUUGUUAAAUGUAGACAAAAUGUUGUCCGUUGAUAAGCACAAGAUUUGUGAAUUGGCCCUGCAUCAUGAAGUUUGAGACAAACGGAUCAUUAUGUAAUUAGAUCUGAUCACUAAAUAUUUCUUUUGCCCUACAAACACAUUAUUCUGUUUGCUUCAGGACUGAGGAUUUAGUAAAAAAAAAAGAGCAGUGAAGGUGCUGCUGGCCUUGCUGAGCCAGUCUCUUCCUCACAAAAAAGUCUUUGUGAUUAUUCUCCCAAAGUGGCAUGAAUGAUAUCUGUUAUCUCAUUAUGAAGCUGGACAAAUUAAUAUCCAGACAGUGAACUGUGAAUUUGGUUUUCAUUUUCUUGGCAGAGUGGGCUGGCCGAGAAAAGUGAAUGUCUCUUAUUGACUUUAUGAUUGACUGACUCCCCGUUGUAACCUACUUAGAUAGAGAACAGACACAUUGUAAUUACUCUUCUGUGAGAAAAGAAGCAUUUGGCGCUUUUCUUCAACUUUUCCUCCGGAAGUGCAGUAACUUAGUGGUCUUGUUAUUCAUUUAACUUAUGAAGUUGUGUGUGUAUCUGUAGAUGGAGUGUCAGCGAUGUUAUCUGCUGCGUCUUUCGGUUCUUGUGGUGUUUUCUAAAGUGUUCUCCAAAGUGUUUAGUGGUUUCCAUGAAUAGUGUUCCCUUUAAUACUUCUUUUGUAUUUUUGUUACAUGGAAGGUGGAGUGAGCGGUAUAGCAAGGCAGGUUUAGAGUAUGUAGGGUUGAAUACAUUGAAUGUGUGGAAGGUAGACUCUGUUGACGUGGUUUGAAAUGAUUUUCACCCAACAGUGAAAGAAGGUUAGUGAUGAGGCAGAGAAAUGAGAGGUAGAAGAAAAGUAGCAAAGUAGAAAGGUGUUUGUGAUGUGUAGUCACAAACAAGUGUCUUAAAUAUUGUUUCUGAUUAUUUCAAUGUUGUAGCAGCUAGCUUGCACCUGAUUAUAUAAAUAUAUUCACUGUAGCUGUACACAAAGUGAUUUUGGUUUUCAUUAAUGAUAUGGCGUUGAAAGAAACAGACGUAUAACUACAGUAAUGUGGCAUUGUGUUGCUAUUUACAAGAGGCCUGGCUAAAUUAGAUCUAGUCUUCUUGAUGUUUGGUGCAGUAAUACCUAUAAAAGAAUAUUUGUAGUUUAGUCAGUAAAGAUGGUCCCCUCCAGCUGUGAAUUACAUCUUUCAGUAUGAGCUACUUUACCAUCUCCGCCGCAGUGUACAGAUAGCACUUUGGGAUAUAGGUAAGCAAACAUGUUGAGGCUAACAUUUAGUCUGCUUUCAUCAAAACCAAACUGUGUCAGUUUGAUACUUUUUAGAACAGAUUCUCCUUUUAACACAUUACAAAGAGAGGAAUCUGUUAAGAAAGUGUGGCGGUAGAAAUAUAACAAAUAUUGGCUGAGACUUUUUUUUACAUGUAUAUUCAGCACUUUAUGAUGCUGUGACCACUUUACUCAUCGAGGGUACAGUACAGUCCCACAAGAGGUGGUGUGGGUUUGUUUGUUUUUCAGCUGCCUCUUCCUCAUUGUUUACAGUGAAGAAGAACCUUUUUUUUUUUAACAUGCUGUUACAACUUUCAACUAUUCAUUCCCAAACCCUAAUAUAUUCCUGAAAACCAUCUUAGAAAUCCGGACAAAUGUGGAUCCAGAUAUUUUUAUUCAAAUAAUAUCAUUUCAGUUGACAUGUAACUCUAUUAAAAUACAACUACAGUAGAGAGAGUAGAAUGUACUAUCGUAUAUUAUUAUUAUUAUGUGUUUUAGCGUCAUUGUGAUCGCAUCAUUCUGCGUCAGGCACGCAUGAACUAGAAUAGUAUUCUUAAACCAGCUAGAAAAGAGCCUAUUUUUUAACCAGUUUUAUUAAUGUGAUGGAUUUAGUGAAUGCUGAGGUGAAGCAACGGUUUGUUGGCUACAACUGUACAUUAUACAUCUCAUCCAGGUUAAGGUAUUAACAUGCAGUAACAGAGCCCUUUUUACAUGUUUUUCUUGUAAAUGCAGUCGUCUGCAGUUGGCCAGUGGCCUCAGGACCAGAGUUUGACUCAAAUCUUGCUUUGCAGAAAUCCUGAUGACAGGCCAGUUUUAUGGCUCAUGAGCUUCUUUUUUCCUAAGAAAAACAUAGACAUAGAUGAUUUCUUUAUUAGGCACUAAGUCCUGCUGCCACACUUUUCUUUCUGUUUGUUUUGUUUCAAUGUUGUGUCAUGUUUAGUUUCACUGUAAGUGUAUGCGUGAACAAGGGGCUGGUCUCUGAUGAUGACAGAAUUAGUUCAGUUAUAUGCCUCAGUAGUUGUCUUGUUUUCCAUGUACAGUUUGUUAGAAACACAUAAACACAGUUACAUUUAAUACACUUUAGAGUCAGAAACAGCUGUUGUUUUAUGAUGGAGAUGAUGUAAACUUGACUAAUGUGAUUUGAGGGUUUGAGCGGUUGUGAGUUUUUAAAGGGACCCUACUCCUGAAGGAAACCUGACUUUGGAGAAAAGAGCUAUCUGUGAUUGGCUUUCUUCAACUUGUGAAAUAGAAGAACUAAGAUUUCCAGUGUUCAGUAUUUAUGAUUUUAUUUGUUUUUGUUUGUUUUACAAAGUUUAGAUCUUCUUCUCUUUUUAAAAAAAAAUCUGUAGUACCCGUGCCUCUCCUUCGUAGAAGCAUAUCUAAUUUAUUUGUGUGUUGUUUAUUAUCUAAAUUGCUUCCCUGAAUCAGUUGUGUUCAGAUAUUUUCUAACUGUAUUGAUGCAGUUGCCCCCCCCCCCCUGCUGAUACUGUAACUAGCACCUUAUGAUGAUGGUGGUGAUGCCUUUAAAUGAGAUUGUACCAAUAACAUGUACAUUCCUGUGCACAGUUACUCCUUUUGUAUUUUGUAAUUAUACACCUUAAUGUACAUAUCAUGUGUUUGUUUAAGGCUUAUAAUUGGACCGCUGGCCUUCUAGUUCUUUUUUACCAAAUAGAUAAAUGGUUUUUAUUGUCAAAAUCAGAGAUCCUUCAAAACAACAAAUUUCAGUAUUUUUACUAUAAAUAUAGAAGUGAAUGUGAUUAUAAAAUAUGGCUGCAAGUGUCUCACUUUGAUCCAGAAUGUUCUUUCAUACACAUACUGGGGAGGUAAUUACUUUUUUGAAAUUACAGUUUCCUCAUUUGCGUAUUUACAAUGUAACUGGACAUCAGAAAUAUAUGAAAAUGUGACUCAUUAUACUCACAACGCUAACAGACUCUAACUUUCUGUUUCUUGCAAAAGAACAAGUGGUUUUCUCUUAACAUUACACCUUAAUUUAAUAUCAACAAAUUGAAACUGCUAUCACAGGUUGUCAAACUGUUAUUUUUCCCCCUAAAAUGGCACUUUAGACACCAGUAGAUAUUGUACAUGUGCCGUGAGGAGACGUUGUAGUAGCAACCAGAUUGAUGUUUUACUAUUGGUGCCUGUUUAAUACCCUGCUGGUUUCUCCAGUGAUGAUUAGUCCUCAUAAAUUAGACUGUUUUAAGCCAUAAGACUUUAAAUGUACUUUAAAUGCUCGACAACAGUGACCAGAUAAAUGUGGUUGUGGUUGAUAAACGUGUUGUGCAAUUUCUGUCAUGCGUCUAACUUGUUUGUACUGAAGUAUCCAUUGCAUUUAUGUUAUACAACGUAGAUGCAGACAAAUUUUCCCUGAAACUGCUAUGCAGCUAAUAUACUGUAAAUGUAGACCUGUUAGUUAUUGAAUAUAUAUUUUUCUAAAUAGCAUCUCCCGUUUUCAGCAUAAAGGAGAAACCAAAGUAGAUGUUCUUUCUAUUAUUUAUGUUGCUUGUUGAAAUAUUUUCUGAUGCCUUGUUUAAAAUCUUUUACUCAGUUAAAAUGCAAAUGUCUCUUCUCAACAACCAUCUCAGUCUGAAACAAGGGUCACUAAUUGUUUUUCAGUCUUCUUUAUUGCCUUCUUGCUUGUAGGGUUUAUGUGGAUCCAGGCUUACUGUUUACUGAUGCAGUGGUUGCUAAUCUUUCUGAUUUCUCUCAGGCUCUGAGUGGAUGUCAUUUCGUUCUCGCAGUAAAAGUCAAUGCAUACUAGAAUUGUUUGUCCUGUAAUUUAAGAACAAUGUGAAUUGCAAAUUCUGCAAAACAUCAAUUUUCAUGUGAUUUGUUCCUAAUUUGGACCAAGUCUGGUAUUAUUAUUUUCCAAAAUGCUCCACACUUCUGUAACAUCUUUAAAGUCUCUUCACUCCCAACACAAGUGAACCACUCUUCUAGUAAACAGCCUAUUUUUGGUCCUGGAAAUAGCAAGGGGGAAAUUAUACCUUUUUGUUUCUAACCAUGUGAACAACUGUCAAAUAAUCACCCUUGGGAAAUCAAUAUAUUUUCUAUAUAUUUUGCUUUUGUUGGGAUGUUUUUAUUCUCUUGCAAAUUAAAUUUAUGUUAACUUGCUGCUAUCUAUAUUAAACAUAUAUACUUUAAA